CAUAUAUAAACAUCUUCAACUUAUCUUUGCACUUUGGGGUUAACACUUUGCCUUGUAAAAACACAAUAACUCAGCAGGCAGCCUGUGCUGAGUUUGUACAAUCUCUCGCAAAAGAAGCUAAAAGAGCCCAGUGCACUUCUGUCAUCUAUUGGUCAAAUGACUGAACUACAAUUAGCAAAUGCCCGUCUCUCUUCACAUUUCAAUUAUGAUAGUCGUGUUAUGCAGUUUAAUUUUCCAUAGUCAUAGUGAUGUCUUUAGUAUUUGUGGAUUUCAUAUUCAGUUUUGCAGAUCGCAGAAUAAACACCGAUGAACCCUGUGGUGAGGCUGCGUGUGAGAGCACACAAGUUCACGUUAGUAAUCUCUCCGAAGACACCUAACUAGCUUCUGUUGAUACUUUGACUUCAUAAGACUAUUUAGCUCUCAAACAUUGGAGAAUAAAUGCAAACUAAAAGCACUUUUUACAGUAAAUGAAUAGAGGGUUGUUCAGAGUGAGCGGCAUAAGAUUUAUUAAUUUAAUCAAUAAAUGGUGUCCAGCAGAAGGCCACGGUAAGAGAAGGAUUUUGUGUCUCAGGAGCCUCAGCAUUAUCACACCCAAUAAAAGUCAAAUACUUUGGCUCCGGAAUAGUAGGGAUUGGGUUAUGCAUACUGUAUAUGGGAGUGCCGCCUUGUUUGUUUUUUGUUUGGUUUUUCAGGGGGGCAGACAAGAAAAACAGGUUUUCUAUGCCUUAUGCCCGCACCGUCACUCGUUCUUAGUAAUAGUCUGCUCAACCGUACAGUCUGUUUCUGCUUAGAUUACCAGAGACUUCUGUCAUCUGUACUUGUAUUCUUUUUAUUUUAAUUUAUUUUUCUUUAGUAAUGUUAUCAUUUGUAUUUAUUCCUGGAAAAUGACGAUCAGAAAUUUCUCAAUUGAAUAUGACGCCAUCAACAGCCAAAACAUCUUCACAAACGGAGACACCAUCAAUGGAAGGAUCGUUGUGGAGGUCUCAAAAGAAACGCCAAUCCAAUCGCUAACCUUCAUCGGAAAAGGGAGCGCAAAGGUUCGAUGGGUUGAACAUCACCACAAACACACUCGUUACUACUGGUCUGAUGAGCAAUAUUAUGACAUCAAACAACAUAUCUUGAGAGCGGGUACUGAAUUCAUUGCCCAAGGAAGACAUGUGUUCCCCUUUUCCUUCAAAGUCCCUAACGGUAAAAUGCCAUCGUCGUUCAAGGCCUCGACUGGUAGAAUCGUUCAUAAACUUAAAGCGGAGCUUAAACAAUCAAUGAAGUUGACCAAAACAGCAAAGGCCCACUUCACAUUUGUCUCAAAAGCAGAUAUGGAUAUAGCUGGACUUAUGGAACCUCAGCAUGUUUGCAUAGAGCAUAAUUUCAAAAGCUGUGGCUCUGGAACGGUAACAAUGAAUGUUUACACUGAACAAAUGGCCUACAAAGCAGAUGAAACUCUGAAUAUCAAAGUCGAAAUCAACAACCAGUCAACUGUUUCAGUGAGGCCCAAAUUCACAAUCUACAGGAAGCAAAAGAUACUGCUUCCGCGUCAGAGGAUAAUCAUAACUUCGAAGGUACUUCAAAAUCUAAACAAGGCUGACAUCAUUGCUGCAAACAGCCGAGUGACUGUUACCAAGACGAUCCCCUUGGAAAAACUACCUGGUCCCAUCUGCGGUGUAGCCAAGAAUGAAUAUCAACUCAAGGUCUGUUUGAAACCGACUCGUAAGUUCGCAGAACAGAGAAUACUUGUCUUCCGUGACAAUUCUGAGCUUGUCCCACAAACACUUGCACAACUGGCGUUAAUGAAUAAUGGAAUGAACCGUCAACCUGAGUAUUUCUAAGUCAAGGGGCUGUCCUCUGUGGUUUUGAAAAAUGGUGGUGUUCUUUUUUUUUUUUUUUUGUGGUGUUACAAAACUUGCCCAAAUUAACCAUUCUUCACCAGCAUCACGACAUUGCAAAGCGGCUGCAGAAAAGAAGGCUCGUCAAAAGAUAGUCGAGGCUGUUCACAAGAUUGUGGGGAACAGCCUCCUCACAAACACAGACCGGAUCUUCUCACUGAUAUCAUCAUAUCCUCAAAUUUUUAUCAUCCAAAUGUAGAAGUACAUAUAGUUUUUUGUUUACGCAUCAAAUUUGUAAAUGUCUUUUUCUCAUUUUAAUUUCUUGUCUUCAUUCACUGAGGCAUCCAGGAAAGCAGGAUCUGGGACAGAGCAAUAGAUUAAAUCAUAAGGGAGUUAAAACAUUGCUGGGAAACCCAAAGUACGCUUCAAGGUUGUUUCAUUUUGUAUGACGAUGUGCGCACUGUGACACAACAAUGUUUACAUGGUGUUGCUUUUCACCAGAACUUUGGGGGGUUUUAAUGAAUCGUAUUUAGCUCGUGAUGGUAAACUGAAGCAUCAUGACGCAAUGAGUCUUUGCAUCCAACUGGUUCGCUCCUGGGCCGAAGCAUCAUGAGGCUUCAUUUGUUAUAUUCCGCCAUCAUGUGGAAAAUAAAUGUCAUGACAGACAGAGUGAUUAAAAUGAUACCUUGGAUUUGAUGUGAAUGAAUGUGCGUGUGUUACUUGCAAGAAUGAUUGCCUUAUUUUAGACAUUGACAUGUAACCAAGGAACAAGACACACCUUUCAUUCGUUUUUAUUCAGGAAAACUAGCAUUUCCAAUGUUUUUUAAUUAAAACGUUUUUUUUCGAUAGGUUUUUGCUAGUUUGUAGAGGUUUGGGUAGACUGUUUUUUUCAUUGCGUGUUAAAAUGGCUUACCUGGUCGUGGUUCUAUUUGAGUUGUCUCCUUAUUUUCAUGCAGGGCCCGAUAUUGUCUCAACAUAGAUUAAGUGUUUUCUU